GUGUAUUUCACUGUUUUCUUGUAAGGCCUGGAGGGAUUCGAGAAAGACUCUAUAAACAUCAUCAGCUUUUGCAUGUUACUUGCGGCAGCGCUGCCUGGACUCUAUGAAGAGAAACUGGCUAUUGCAUUCCAGUUGAUCGACCUUAAAAAUACGGGUUAUAUUCUAAAAGCGGAGUUUGUAAUGGUUGCCUUGGCUAUGUCUUUUACGACUGAUAGCAAAGAAAGCUUGAGAGCCGAGCUUAUUGAAGUUUUCCAGUUACAUGCGACAGACGGCAGAAUGACUUGCGACCAGUUUAUCUCUGCGGCCUUGAAAUUGCAAAGCCUAUCUUCAUAUCUUGAGAGAUGCGUAGUUAUGCUGAAUGAGGGCCCCAACAUUACUGAAACCGAGUAUGACCACGUAAAGAGAUUCAAGCGGGGUUGGAUGGUAGUAAAAACGAAAGAGCUGGGCCUGCUAACAAAAAACUUUACAAACUGGAGAAAUUUUUAUUUAGUGGUGCAGGAGAGUAGACUUAUGGGGUACCACACGUAUGAGAGCUACGCUGUACGAGGACCUCCUUCCCUAUUAUUCUUGUUUAGUCCGAAAGUGAAGAUAACCUGUCUCCAAGAUACCAAGGGGAGGCGCUAUCUGGUCCUCAAAAACAAAAAGACCUAUUGGUUUCUGGUCGCCAAGAGAGAUAAACUAAUUUUUGCCUGGUUAAAAAUUUUUGAAGACCUCGUUAAGCAUGAAAAAGGAAUAAUUUAGAAAAAAAAUCUCGUAUUUAAAUUAUUA